AUUUUUUGUUUUUGUUAAAAGAAAGAAAUGUCGAUGUCAUAAUAUUUUUCUCUCUCCUCAAACUCCAAAUCUGUGCUCUGCAUCUCCUUCCUCAGUCCCUCCUCUCAAAACCCUCCAAGAAAAUCAGCAUCUCGUAGUUGUAGUUGCAUCUCUAGUUGGAGGCGCCUGUGCCAACCACUUCUUCUUCUCAGCUGCUGCUAUUCUCGGGCGGGCGCCCCUCCUGCACUGCCUCAGGGACGGGCGUGGUUGGUAGUUGUAGGCGAAAAUGAUCAACACGUCACUUGCACUGACCUAUCUCUACUUAUUGAUGUACAUUUUACUUUCAUCUGGAGUUAUACUUUACAAUAAGUGGGUUCUUUCUCCAAAGUACUUCAAUUUUCCAUUUCCAAUAACACUCACAAUGGUUCAUAUGGGGUUCUCUGGAGUGGUGGCAUUCUUUCUUGUUCGUGUUUUUAAGGUUGUAGCUCCUGUCAAAAUGACAUUUGAAAUUUACGCGACAUGUGUAAUUCCCAUAAGUGCCUUCUUUGCCUCAAGUCUUUGGUUUGGAAACACUGCUUAUUUGCAUAUUUCAGUGGCCUUCAUCCAAAUGCUUAAGGCUCUGAUGCCCGUUGCAACUUUUGUCAUGGCCGUUGCGUGUGGCACUGACAAACUAAGGUGUGACGUGUUCUUGAACAUGCUCCUGGUCAGUGUCGGAGUCGUCGUUUCCUCAUAUGGGGAAAUCCAUUUUAAUAUCAUCGGCACACUAUACCAGGUCACUGGAAUAUUCGCUGAAGCACUUAGGCUGGUCCUAACUCAAGUUCUCUUACAGAAGAAGGGUUUGACUCUAAAUCCUAUCACCAGCUUGUAUUACAUAGCUCCGUGCAGUUUUAUGUUUCUGUUUAUUCCAUGGUAUAUGCUGGAGCAACCUCAAAUGGAUAUUUCCCGCAUUCAAUUCAAUUUCUGGAUUUUCUUCUCCAAUGCAAUUUGCGCUCUGGCCUUGAACUUCUCAAUUUUCUUGGUAAUCGGUAGAACUGGGGCAGUUACUAUCCGUGUUGCUGGUGUUCUAAAAGACUGGAUUCUGAUUGCUCUUUCGACAGUGAUCUUUCCGGAAUCAGCUAUCACAGGGCUCAACAUAAUUGGCUAUGCAAUUGCACUUGUUGGUGUUGUUAUGUACAACUAUUUGAAGAUAAAGGAUAUCCGUGCAUCUCAACCAGCUUCACCUGAAAGAAUUACAGAGAGAGUUGCAAAGGAUUGGAAGUUUGAAAAGAAGUCAUCUGAUAUAUAUGUACCCAAUGAUGAUAGUAAAACUGGUGGAGGCGGUGGAGGGAGUAAUUCAGCUUCUGAGAUGAUUGUUGACGAAGAAGCUCCUUUAAUUACAUCUUCCAGGCUAUCUCAUAUAGGGCGAACACAUAACCCACAUCCUGUAUGAUUGGUUUUUGAAAGGUGUUCUUUAGGGCUCACACAGGUAACCCAUUCUGCAGAGAAGAUUAGGACCAAAAAAAAUAGCGGCAUACUUUAUAUUUUCUAGGCGUUGAGAUGCAUCUUUUUGCUGUAAUUUUUUAGGACACGGAAGAUCUAGGGAAAUUCAUUUGUAAACACUCAGAAAUUUAACCCUUUUUAGGGUUUUAUCAUGUAUUUGAAAUUAGAACAUUCAAUACUCAAUGUGAGAUUAAUUCUGUUAAUCACAUCUAAGCAUUGUAACAAGCUUCUGCUUUCCCGAUUGUGCAU